CUGUGCUCUAGACUCUAUCCCUGUGGCUUCAAUCUCUUACGUUUUAGAUCUAGAGAUUUUCUGAGUUUUUUCUUUAGGCAUUGUCAAGAUCUAGACUAUAUAGAUCUAUAGAUUCUUAAACUAUUUUUCUUCAGUAUCACCAUUUUCCGUAUGCUUUAAUUAGUCCAAGUAAUAAAUAUGAAGUAAAGGAACCUGUUGUAGUAGUGCGUAAUACGUAUAAAUAGUAGAUUCUAGAUCUCUACCUGCACUGGUUGUUUUAGACAAUUUCAAAAGCUAGUCUCGGAACAACGUCUUAUAAACAAAAACAUUAAAUAUGGCAGAUAUGAUAAGAAGACCUGAUCCGAUGCAAUCUUCUCCGCGAUCUAGUCCUAGAGAUCGUGGUUCUAGAUCGCCGGCAUAUCCACGACAAGAUUCUUCAGGAACUUUAAAAACUACAAUAAGCCUUGCACCUGGCAAGACCCCAGCAGUUAUUCAUACUGGAUCAUUUUAUUUAGUGAAAGACAUUCCGGAUGAAGCAGAAAUAACUGGCAGUACCAACUUAUUGAACUACUACAAUUUGGAACAUUCAUACAACAGAUUUUUAAAUAAAAAAGUGAAAGAAGAACUCAGCGCUUUUCUUCCGCAUCUUCCUGGUAAUAUAGACUCACCUGGAAUACAGGAUAACAGUUCUUUAAGAUCACUUAUAGAAAAAACACCAAUCACUGGAAAAGAGUUGACUCAACUCUCAGGCUCAGCACUGUCAGGAUUUAGAUUACAUCCUGGUCCUCUUCCAGAACAGUAUCAACUUAUGAAUCAAAUGACACAGAAGAAGAAAAGGCACAAAAAGAAAAUUAAAGAUUCAGAAAAAGGAAGCACUUUACAGUUAUCUCAGACAGACAGUGCAACAGGUGAGCCAGAGACUAAGAAAACCAAAAGACCAAAAAAAGAAGAUGACCAAAAAGAUUCAAAGAAAAAGAGAAAGAAAGACAAGAAAAAAAAGAAGAAGCAUAGCCCAGAACCAACAGCAGCAAAUGGUACAGAUGUAACAACAUGAAAUAUAUUUGUUGCGUGUAAAUUGUGUAUAUAUACUUGUUUUUUUUAUUCAAAUAACUUUUGUAAUAAAUUUGUAUGUAGGAGAGUUUAGAUUUUUUAGCUGUUAAGUAAAGUCAACUGAAAUGUAAAAAAAAAAAAUUACAAUGAAUUUAUCUUUUUUUUUUUUUAAUAUAUCUUUAUUUUGGAUUUAUAUUCUUUCUCACAAUUUCAAGAAUAUGUUAACAAAGAUUAUUCUUUUUUGCAUUAGUUUAAUUGUGAAAAUUUUGUAAAACUAUAACCCGUAUGACAUAAAUACUAAACAUCUAAUUUCCAAAUUAUGUCAUAUUGAACAGCCAGCAUUCUUCAUGACUUUGUUGAUAUCUUCUCAGCAUCUCCCUUGUAGAUAUAUAUCAAUUGUAAAAAAAAAAAUGUGUCUUUCUUCCAAAUUUUUCAGUUAUCUUUAAUCUUUAAAAGAGACUUUUGCAUUUUUUUUUUGUUUCCAGGUUAAUACAAGUUUUGUUCUUAUGUAGAACAUGAUCUGUAUGCCUAACCUGUUUGUUUAUUGGGGGUCAUUUAUCUUUGCUGUGUCUUUUAAGUUACUGUAUGUGGUAGAAAGAAAGUAAAUUUAUGCAGUGCUGUAAUGACAAUCUUGUAAUGGUGUUAUAGUUGUUCAGUCAUCCUGCUAAAUUAUUACUCAUAUUUGUUUUUUAAUACAUACUUUUUGUUACUCUAUGAAUAGUAUAAUACCCACAUCUAACCCAAAAGCUACCACUCCCAGAGUUUGCAUCAGCUGGCUGUAUGUAUGCUGCUAAAUCAACAAGAACUACCAGGUCAAGCCUACUACAUUGAUGAAAAGUAUGAGUCUAUUCUACAAAGUGUAUGAUAUGUCACUUUAAGACGUAGUGCAAUGAAAAGAGUCAUAGUUGUAAUUAUUAAAGAGUAGUAAACAGUAUUGUUGUGUUAGUAAAUUAAUUUGUGAUUUGUAUUGUUACUCAUUGUGAAAAGAUGAGUCAAAGAAUUUAAUGUCUUUUAAAAAUACAUUUUUGAAAAAUUGAAAAAAAAAAGUACAAAAAAAAAAAAAAAAAAACAAAUGGUCAACAAAUCUGUAACAAAGAAAAAAGCUGCUAGAUGAUAAAUAUUCUUUUAUUUUAUGCUUUGUUGACAAUCAUUUGAAUUAUCCUUAUCUUUGUCCUCUUCUUCAAAUGUCUUCAGUAAUGCUAAGUCAAGUUCAUUAAACUUCUGCUGUAAAUGAGCUGGAACCUCCACUUGGUGUAAAUCCUCCAUACCUUGCUCUGGCUCAUCAGAUAUGAGGAGUUCACACAGAUUUUGACAUGCCAGUUUAGCUUUUGGGUCUUUCUCCCAUUUGUGAAGUUCUCUUAGUAUGACAUAGGCAUUUUUUUCUUUGAUAAACAAGCGUCCACAUUUGGUGGAACAAAGCUAAACAGAAUAAAAAAGAUUUUUAUUAAAAUUGAUGCUUUAAUUAUUUUUCAUAAUUUGUUGUUUUUAAAGCUGUUGAUGUAAAAAAAAAUACAAAGAAUAUGUUUGAAAUACAUAAUAGCAUUUUUUUUCUCUUUAAUGCUGUAAUGAGUUAGGCAUUAGUGGUUUACGUGCAAAAUGUAAAUAAAUUUUGUUCUAUAAAUGGUCAGCAUAGCAGAUACAUGAAUUAUAUGGAAAGAAUUUGUCAUCAAACAUGUUAAUGAGCACAUGAAAAAGUUCAAGGAUACUACAAUUCAGUUUGCUAAGUUUAGACAAGAUGGUUAAUAUUGCAUGGUUGUUAGUCUACGUUUCAAUAUUAAAGCUAUCCUAAACGAU